UCGUGUCAUAUGAAAGCAAUCUCAUCAUGAGUCUUAUUUUUAGUGACUGUUGUUAAACCACAGACUUCCCCUUUCCACAGUAUAGCUGUCCUCCCUGCUUUCUUUCAGUCUCAUAGCUCUCAGUGUGUCUGUCAAGAGGACUCUGGGGGAUAACUGUGCACCAUGAGGACCCUGCUGGCUCUAACUGUACUGCCGUGGCUCACCCUGAGCAGCAACACAGUCAAAAAUAUAACAGUUUCGCCAGAAACGGAGGUGGAUUUUAAAUGUAAUGCGACAGCACUGCCUGUGAGAUGGAUAUGGUUCCCCAAACACUGCAAGUGUGCCGAGGAGAGCUCUAUGAAGAUCAUUUACACCAUCGAUAUGCAUGGAAACAAGACAACAGUACAGAGGUUUAAGAAGCGCUUAACACUGAGAGGAGAUCCGAGAGCUGGAGAGCAUGCUCUGGUUUUGAGUGAUUCUGUCAUGAGUGAUUCUGGGACCUAUACCUGUGCAGAUUCAAAAACAAUUGUACAGCGUUAUGAACUAGAGGUUACUGCAGGGUGCUAUCACAAUGUUCAGAUCGAGAUCAGAUCAGGCAAAGAGGCAGAAGGUGUCACAUUAUCUUGCUCCUCCUGUGCUGGCGGAAAGCAGAUAAAGAACUUGAAAUGGACCUUCAAUGGAAAACCAGUUAGUGAUUUACAUGGCAUUAGACAGACAAGGAACUUAAUAACUAUACAGAAAGUGACCACUGAUGAUGAAGGGAAGUGGAUCUGUGCGUCUGUGGAUGACCCCUUUCAAUUCUCAGAGUAUUGUCUGGACUUUGGGUCAAAGACUGGACGGAAGAACAAUGAGAACAAAUAUCCGAAAGAUACAACACAGGCGACAGGACUGAAUAAAAAUGACUCAGAGACUGACGGAAAAGGUGGAUUGAGUGAUGCUUUGAAAGCAGUGAUCGUGGUGGCACUGGUUCUUAUUGUGAUGGUGCUGCUGACUUCAGUGUGGCUGUACCUGUACAGGAGGAAGAGAUCUCGCAGGUUGGAGCAAAAGCUCACUGAUAAUUCAGCUCCAAACGGUGACUUUUCUCCCCCGGUGUCUGUAGUGACUGGUCAGGCAAUGACAGGCACUGCUACACAGCAGGAAGAAGUUGAGGUUCAGUACGCCUCCAUAAACCUCGGUCAGACAAAGAGACAACAGCGCCCUCUGUCUGUGGAGGAGUCUACCGUCUACUCUGCUGUCAAAAUAAAAUAGCACCCUCUGCUGGAGACUCCAAUGAUCUUCAGUCUGCAAAAUAUGAACAGCAGCGGUGAGCAGAAAGCGUCAUAUCAGCCCACCCUAUCUUAGAUAGGAUUACAUUGUUAAAAGAAAAAAAAAAUCCCCUCCGACUGCUUGUUAGUUUUAGCACGAAACUGUUACCAUGACAAUGUCUAGGUAUGAAUUCACCCAGAGUAUUUAAAUAAUUGGUAUUUACCUGUGAUAAUCUGAUAACCCAAACCUGUAACCCAACAGCAUUUACCAAGUCACUGUGGUGUGCACGGACUUCUUAAACUUAAGUGAUCUUUAAACCGGGGAGUUUUGAAUAGAGUUAUGAAAAUGAUCCUCUAAUGUGUUUGUGUGGUUUCUUUGUAAGACGAGACCAGGUGGCCAACGCAUUGUGUAAAUAAAAUAAAAUAAAUGUUUGUGUGCACUGAACCACUGAAGUAUGU